AUUGCUAUUCAUAUGGACUCAAGUCUUGUAUCCGACUCGUGCCGUCUCUAAUAUCAGUCCACUUCAGUCUUCCUCUUUCUCGAAUUCAGACAUUGGCAACGUCGUAAUCGGAGGAGACCAGAAUCAAAACCGAUCGAAACAGCCGACGAAGAUGGAGGAAGAUCAUGGAAACAGCAACAGUAGUAUAACAGUGGAUACAACAAAAUGGGACAGAUCAGUGUGGUUAAUGAAGUGUCCUUUAGUUGUCUCCAAAUCAUGGCAGUCUCAAGCCGCAGCUUCAUCUUCCUCCUCAGAUUCCCCGCAAGUUGCUAAAGUUAUUGUCUCUGUUGAUCCUCUUCGUUCCGAUGACUCAUCUGCUCUACAAUUCACUAUGGAGAUGGGUGGAAAUGACGUUGGGAAUAUGCCGAAAAGUUACUCCUUGAACAUGUUCCAAGACUUCGUCCCAAUGUGUGUGCUCUCAGAGACAGGUCAAGGAAGAGUUACCAUGGAAGGAAAGGUUGAACAUAAGUUUGAUAUGACACCUCACACUCGUAACAUGGAGGAGUACAGGAAAAUGUGUCGUGAAAGGACAAAUAAGUCAAUGAUCAAGAACAGACAAAUACAGGUCAUUGACAAUGAUCGUGGAGUCAAUAUGAGGCCCAUGCCUGGGAUGAUUGGCAUGAUUGCAUCAAGUUCUAAGGUAUACGAACCAUCAUCUAUUCCUCUAAGCAUGUAGAAAUCUUGCCUUUUCUAUUUUUG